UAAUGUAAAAUGUUGUAUGCAUGCAUGUUCGAAAUAAACUCAAAUUCAACUCAACAAGAAACAAGGUAGUGCAGCGUCAGGGUUUCACUUUAAUUAAACGCGUUUGGUGUCACAGUUUGUCCUCCAAGCGGCCACCGUCGAGAGUGUACGUGACGUCAAAGCCGACAAACAAAAUGUCGGUCGCGAAGCUGACAAAACAUUUUAACGGGUUUAACAAGCGUGUUUUUGUAUUUGCUGGUCCUUUUAGUUCUUUUUUGGGGGUAAAAUAUGGCAGCGGGUAGAGCUAUGACAGUAUAAAUGGUGCAAAUGUUCCUGUAGUAUCGGUAGAAAUCAUAAACAUGCUCGCUAGCGAGGCAGCAUUUGUUAAAGAAAUACGAAUAUUCGAGUAGCGGCUGCACAAACCGACGACAUUUUAACAUUUUUUGGUAUAAAAAAACAAAAACAUUAUUACAUUAUGUCCGAGCUGGACACACUCGUCGUCACCUUCCAGACACAGCUGUUGGACGUGAUGGAGACCCUGGUGAAAAGCGCCAUGUUUAAGGUCACACAGUUGGUCGAGGAUGGCUUCUUGGAGGAAAUGAAGCGUAAGAACCGGGAGGUGCAGACCCUGAGGGCGAAGUUGGAAUGUGCUGAGAGGAAAUUAAAUGACAAUGGUGUGAAAGAAAGAGGGACGAGUGUUGAUGCAAGUAGUGACACUGGCAACACUUCAGAAGACCUGCACGAUGAUGUGUUGAAGGAAUGCGGUUUGAAGAGAGAGACCUACAGUGAUGACAGAUCAUUGAGAAGUCGAAGAACAGAAGAGGACCAGACUCCAGCAGCCCUCACUCAUACACCAGAACAUACUGAUGUGAUGCCAGUGGUGAAAGAUGGAAUCGGCCUGGAGGACUCAGACAUGGCUGCGCUUCUGUCAGUGGAGAUGGAUGCUGGUAGGACAGGCCAAGCACUGCAUCAUCAGAACCUUGGAACUGACAGGAAGUGUGAUUCAGCCAAAGUUUCGGUCCAUCGUGCAGAGCAGGGGCUGGAAGAGUAUUUCACAGAAGGCAAUAUGAGUCCUGUUACUCAUGACAGAGGUCAGCUUUGUUGCUCCUCCCCUAAGGGAAGACUUUUGAAACUUGACUCACUUGGUGUGUCCGUCAAGCAGGAGACAAUUGUGGAUUGUGGAGGCAUCCCAUGUGUGAAGAAAGAAGAUUCACAGCCAGAAAUGUUGUCUUCUUGUGCAGUUAAGAGGAACAGAGAGAGUUAUUUAGCACCGAAGCAAAGCACAAAUCCCCGUAAAAUGACGGCACAGGAGCAGCUGAAGCAGAACUCUAACGUUGGCACGUUUGACAGGUCGCGGGCUACCAUGAAGCAACUUAUUCGGCCUAUUAAAAAGCCUGCGCUGUCAAACAACACGUUAGCAUUGUCUUGCACUUACUUAAACGUAGACCCCCUGAACCGUAUUCCUUCCACGUCUAAAGCCACACUCCCUGCUACACUUCAGCGAAGUCACCCUGCAAAUAAAUUCACCUCUGCCGUUAGUCGAACUGGCACCCAGUGUGUCAGCAACAGAUCCCAGCCUCACGCGCGCUCUUUGGCCCAUCCAGACGGCCACGCGGUGCACCCCUUGCGCUGCGGCCAUUGCGACAAAUGUUUCCCCCAUCUCAGCAACCUGAAGGCCCACCUGCAGAUUCACACGGGCGAGCGGCCUUUCUGCUGCUCUCUGUGCGGCCGCAGCUUCACCAAACUUAGCAACCUCAAAGCCCACCGCAGAGUCCACACGGGAGAGAGACCAUACUGCUGCCUAGCCUGCGGUAAACGCUUCACACAGAAGUGCAACCUAAAACGCCAUCAGAGAAUACACAUGGACGAGUGACGGACACGGCGGUCAGGAAACCACAGUUUUUUUGUGUGUAAAUGUCCCUGAGAUUUAGUGUUUUUUGUCAUGUUGUGCAGUUCACGUGAUACUUUUGAAGGCAGCUUCUUGUAUUCGUCUCCUGGAAGUGAUUGCAAGCAUUUUAAAAUGUGUCUUACUGUAUGUAACAAGCACAAUUGGGUUGUUGUUAACUGUGUCAUUUACCAUUAAUUUGUCGUCUAGAGAUCCAAUAUUGAUAUUGGUCCGAUAUCAGCAAAAAAACAAGUGUCGGAUGAUAUCGUCUUCCAUGUAAAAUAUCCGAUACAAGCAGUCCUGCAUCGUGUUUACCUGUGCAAAGCUGGGUAGCCAGUUAACAUCUGAAUGUCCUCCGAUAAGCACACGCGGUUAGUCUUUUCUUGUAUUUUAGUCUCAUCAUUAACAAAAGGUAAGCAUGGCAAGCUAUAGGCUACUAGGAGUCUAAAACCGCACAGGUCAAUAUAAAAAAUAUAACAUAAUUAUAGUUGAAUAUUAGUUACACAUGCAAAGUCUCCCUGGCAGAAGCGUAUGAGAAAGUAUUCAGUAACAAACGUGUCCGCAUCAUUCAAAUUACUGUGUUAUGACCUAAACUUCAUUAAAUUAUUGUGGCCACUCUUUGUCACCAAAAAUAAUAACCCCUCCACUUGAAUUUUAAAGACAGCACAGUCUAUUCCAGACAAUUAACAAUAAAUAUGUUAGUUUUUUUCAUACCUUACAUUGUUGUCUGACUAAUUUCACUUGAUCAAAUGUUUUCUAACAUUCCACACCAUAAAAUAAAAGUAUGUACUAUGAUUUGAGACUAUAUAUCCAGUGUUCGCAAUAACAGCGUUGUUAGUAAUGCCAUUACUUUUACUAGUAACAAGUAAUUUAAUUAUUUACUUUUAAGUCCCUUACAACACCUUUUAAGAUAGCUUGAUGUAACCCGGCACGCUACUUUUGAUGUGGUUUAUUGUCAACAAGACAGCUUUAUAAGUGCAGCAAGUUUAAUGCAGGAAAUACCGUUUUACUCGUGAAAGCAACAAGCAGCACUGCACCAAAAUGAACUUGAUAUCAAAUAGGAAGAGGCAAUAUCACACUGUGACACAGCAGACAACAACAUACGCACUCGACCACACAAUGGGAAUAAUGAUCACCAAAUCAAAGAUUUAUGUGACAAACUUGCCGUCCAAACAAUACACCGUUUGUUGACAAGAAGAUAUGACCGCCAUCAAAGCACAUACAAUCCCUUUAUUAGUCAGAGUUAACACAAUCCAGUGAAAAGAUUCAAAAGAGCUGACGUCAGAGCCGACAAAUUGCCGCUGCUAACUGCUAAAGCUAACAAACAUAGCUCCGUUGAAGCCCUUUCUGACAUUACAUGUCACUAGGCAACAGGCCCCGCCUUUUAAAAGAACACACACACUGCUCUCAUAUGAAACGUCCAUCAACUACAUACGCGAGAUUGUGAAGUUGUUUUUUUAAAGUAACAUAUUAAUUACUUUCCCCUUUGUUAAAGACUAAUACAAUUAUGUUUUGGUAAAAUAACGGGUAACUAUAAUUAAUUACUUUUUAAAAGUAUUUUUCAGAACACUGUAUACAUCAUAUCGGAUCAAUAGCAGUAUCGGUCAAUCGAUCAAGGCUCCAAUAUUGGUAUCAUAUAAGAAAUGAAAGAGUUGUAUCUGCAUACCCUUGCUAAAAAUAUUUAUUCAAGUAAUACACAAAUUCUGCCAGUUUUAUAUACAGUGUACCUCUUUUAUACAACUUGUUUAUUGCCAAAAUAUUGUCCCAAGUUUUUGUGUUCUGUCUCAGUUAUUGUAAGGUCUAAAACUGUGUGUAGCAAACUACUGUAAUAGGAACAUAUAUUCCCACGUGGGCCAGACGGGCUAAAUCAUGGCAUAAUAACUUAAAAAUACAUCUACGACAAUUUAAGAUUGAUUUCUUAGUUUUACUUUGGCUGAAGAUAGAACAAGCACAUUGUUCAUUCAUAUCAGCAAUUUAACUUCAAAUGUAAAACUGAGAUAAACUCAUUACAUGCAAAGUGAGAUAUGUCAAGCUUGUAUUUGUUGGAAUGUUGAUAAUCAUGAUUUACAGUUUUUGAAAACCCCCAUUUUUUGGAGAAUUUCAAUUCAAAGUUUUAUUAAACUGUAAGCCAUAAUCAUAAACAUUGUAUUAAAAGAAAGAUUGAAAUAUUUUGAGUUGCAUAUGAGCAGAUGCCAUUAGUUUCACCUUGUCGAUCUGAUUGCUGGAAUAAACAAACCUUUGCCCGAUAUUUUUAUAUUUUUGAGUUUCACUUGUAUGUAUGUAAUAUGUGCAUACGCAUGUUAGUAUGUAUGCUAUGUAUGUACAGUAUUUAAUGUAUGUACUGUAUUGUACCAUGGCCUGGAAUUUG